UGAAGACGAUGGAGCUGAGGGGCUCUGAGGAGCGCCAGCACCACCCGUGAGGCAGCACCAUGCUGGCUCCGAAGAAAGGCCUCCUGUGCAACCUCAACCACAUCCAUCUGCAGCACAUCUCCCUGGGGCUGCACCUCUCCCGGCACCCGGAGCUCCAGGACACUCCUGGCUCCACGGGUGGAGGGGAGCAGACGGCCUGCAGCGGCUGCCCGCAGAACUGUGAGCAAGUGGAUGCCAAUUCCAACAACCCCUCCCUGAAAUGCCGCUGUUGCGAGUCCCAUCCUCAGCAGGCGGUGACGCUGGGGCUCCAGAACCAGACAGCUCCAGAGGAUUUCCCCUGCCUGCAUCCUGCGGAGGAGGCGGCUUCCCCUUGUGAUCUGGCUUCCUCCUCCUCCUCCUCCUCCUCCUCUGUCAGCAGCUGCUCGGAUUUCAGCUUGGAUGACUCCCCGGUCUCCGUGUACUGCAAAGGGUUCCCCAGAGAAGAGCCUCGACCCCUGGAAAACGCGCCCAGCGUCGUUCCCACAGGAGAUGCCCGGGAUGCGCAGCCGCUCGGUGACCAGGGUGGGACGUGCGAUGGAAGAGACGCCAACCUCAACCCCCCGGUGCUCCAGAGACCGGCCCCGCUGACCGGAGGGAGCCCCGACAGCCUCCGCAGCAGCAGCUCGCUCGACUCCCGGGGCGAUGAGGACCCCCCCAGCGUGAGGGCUGGCACCGGCAUCAGCACCGACCUCGACCCCAACUGCAACCCCCUGCCCGAGGCUGACGCUGCCCCCCCGGUGCCGGGGCGCAGGGAUCCUGCUCUGAGCCGAGCCCCGGAGCUGCGGCCCCCCCCACCGGUGCCCCCCCGGCCCCGGAGGCGCCUGCAGGUUCUCAAUGGGCACAGAGCGGAGCAGCCCCCUCCGCCUGCGCGGCCGCUGGAGCUGGAGCCCGGCUCGGGCGACCUCUGCAGAGACGUGGCCAAGAAAACCAUCACCUCCUUCCACGAGCUGGCCCAGAAGAGGAAGAGGAGCGGCGCUGGGCCGGCUCCUGCCCAGGCCAGGGCUGACCGCAGUGACUGGCUCAUCGUCUUCUCACCGGACACGGAGCUGCCUCCCCCCAGCGAGCUCCUCCCCAGCACCGCGGGCCAGGAGCCGGCCCGGCCCCAGCUCCAGCCCGAGCCGCCACCGAGGCCCCCCGGCUCCCGGCAGCGCGAGGUGACCACGUUCAAGGAGCUCCGGUACCGCAGCGCAUCCAACAAGGCCAAGGCGCAGCCAGCGGGCGAGCGGGCAGAGCCGGCGGCAUCGCAGCAUCCCCCUCCGGCCCCGGAGGUGGCCUCGGGCUGGGCGCCUCCGGUGCCGCUGGGGGGGCAGCUGCUGGCACCCAUGGACGGCCACCAGCUGAAGAGGAGGAGACCCCGGCCGGGGCUGCUGCCCAUCGCGGAGGGGCAGCCCGGGGACGGGGAGGAAGCGGCGCCCCCGCUGCAGAGCGCCCUCGCCGGGGGGAACGGGGCCGCGAACCGGAGGCUCAGGGGACCCGGGGCAGGCGAGAGAGGGGCCGGGCCCCGCACGGACGCCAAACCCCCGCCGUCCGCCGCUGGAGCCGCCGCGGGCCCGCCCGGAGCGGGGAGCUCGGAGGGAGCCCGCGGGGAGCAGACGAGAGCCCUGCUCAUCGCCAUCAGCGCCGCCGUGGAUAAGGUCAUUGCCCACUUCAGCUCCGCACGGAACCUGGUGCAGAAGGCCCAGCUGGGCGACAGCCGGCUCAGCCCUGACGUGGGGUACCUGCUGCUGCACACGCUCUGCCCGGCGCUCUACGCCCUGGUGGAGGACGGGCUGAAGCCCUUCCAGAAGGACGUCAUCACCGGCCAGAGGAGGAGCUCCCCCUGGAGCGUGGUGGAAGCCUCCGUGAGGACAGGCCCCGGAGCGCGCCCCUUCCACUCGCUGUGCGGGCACGUGGCCGGGCUGGCCCCGCUCCACAGCACCCGGCAGAAGUUCCAUGCCUUUAUUCUGGGCCUGCUGAACAUUAAGCAGCUGGAGCAGUGGAUUUCCCACUUGCAGAAGAGCCCAGGUGUCAUCUCCGUGCUGUACUCACCCACGGCCUUCUUCGCGCUGAGCCAAGGGCCUCUGCCCCACCUCGCUGAGGAGCUGCUGCUGCUCAUCCAGCCCCUCUCCGUGCUCACCUUCCACCUGGACCUGCUCUUUGAGCACCACCACCUCUCCAUGGACGUGCGGCCCCUGUCCCGCCGCCCGCGCUCACCGCCGCGUCCUGCCCAUGGCUCCGCUCCGGCCCCGGGCCAGCGCUCCCUGGGGGGGCUCCGCAGCACCGCGGGGCCCAGCCUGGAGGAGGAGCCCCCCGCUGAUGCCGUGGGGAGGGCAGCGGGCGCAGGGGGCAGCCCAAGGCCCCAUCCCCGCGCUGCUGCGCUGGUCCCUGGUGCCCAGGUCGGGGCCGCUCUGCAGCAGAGCCUGCAGCAGGUCCUGCGCUGGGGAGACCGCCUCAGCCGCACGCUGCUGGGGGCCGACGGCUCCGCGGAGCCCCGGCGGCUGGAGCCAGGCCCGGGGGAUGCCGGCGCUGGUCCCGGGGGGUGGUGGGGGCAGCUGGGCCGGGCCUCCGGGACCUGCUCCGUGCCCAGCAAGGGGAAGCUCCCCUCGGUCUGGUGGACGAAGCUGCGGGCGGCGGCGGCGGAUCCCGGCCCUGGCCCGGCUCUGCCGGCCCUGGGGGAGCCCGGCGGCACGGAGCUGCGGCUGCUCCAGACCAAAGCCGCCCCGGAGCUCCCGGCUCCGCAGCCCAGCAGCAGCGCGGACACCUCCGGAUCCUCCUCCCCCGAAGCCCUCAUCCUGCCCGCGGGAGCCGGAGCAUCCCCAGCGCCGUCCGAUCCCGCCGCUGGAGAGAGCCCCCGGGCAUCGCCUGCUGCGGGUGGGAACCGGGCAGCGCCUCCCGGGCCCCGCGGCGCUGAUGGGGGCCGGUGGCUGGGCCGGCUCUUUGGGGCCUCCAGCCCCGCUGCCAGGAGCUCCCCUCCCAGCCCCGAUGCAGCCUCAGCGAGGUCCAGGAGACCUUCGAGGUGGCUCUCGCCCGGCGCCCGUGUCCUGGCUGCGGUGCUGAAGGGGCUGGCGGCUGAGAAGAGCCGAGCUCAGGAGCAGGCAGAGGGGACGGCGUCGGAUGCACCCCAGCCCUGCAGGGCGGUCCGGGCGCUGUGCGACCACACGGGCACGGCCGACGGGCACCUGAGCUUCCAGAAAGGGGACGUCCUGCAGCUGCUCUGCACCGUGGAUGAAGACUGGAUCCGCUGCUGCCAUGGCAACAGCACUGGCCUGGUCCCCGUGGGUUACACAUCCCUGAUCCUGUGAGGGACCGGCUCCCGUC